GGAGUGUGAGUGAGACUGAGGUACCAGACCAUACAUCCGUUUUCUCUCUCUUUUAUCCUUGCCCAUCUCUCAGCCCGAAAAAACGGUUGGGCUCGGAGGUCAGAGUUCAGUUGGCGACCGUUGUGACUGAAGCCGUUUCUGUAGAAUAAUGCCGAGGGCCUCAUCAUCAGCUGCAAAACUUCCUCCAUCUCCAUAUCUUCCUCCUCCUUUAAAUYGUACAAAUCUUAACUUCCUUCUGAAACCCAUCGACCGCCGCUCUCUCCUCAUUUCCCUGACCAUCUCUGUCACUCCUUUCUUCACUCCCUCCCCGUUUGAAACUCCACGCAUCCUCUCGGCACGGACAGCAGCGGCCCGAGGCCUCUUCCAAAUGCCUCCGGUUCGUCUCAACAAUCGAUACUUUCUAGUUCGAUCUGGGGAGUCAGAAUUCGAAAGGCUUGGCAUAAUCAACACGAACCCAGUAGCAAAGACGUCCGUGGACAGCGGGCUCUCGGAACUAGGGAAGAAACAGACGGUGAGAGCGGCCCUCGCAUUGAAGGAGAUGGGAGCUUGCAGUGGAAAUUGCUGGAUUUGGCCUUCCAUCACCCAGAGAGCUUASCAGGCUGCAGAGGUCAUUGCCGCAGUUAAUGGGAUCGAUCGGAGCCACAUAGUCCCCGAGUACAGCUUUUUGGAUGCUCGUGGCUUGGGAGCUUAUGAAGGCAAGAGCUUGGACUCCCUUUCUGAGGUCUAUGCAUCUGAUGGCAUUUCUUCGAGCAUCAAACCACCUCCUAUCGAUGAUGGAACUCCUAAUGAAAGUGUCUCAGAUGUAUUUGUUCGUGUGACACAACUCAUGUCAAUUCUUGAAACACAGUAUUCUGGGGAUACAGUUAUUAUUGUCUCGCCGGAUUCCGACAACCUGACUGUCCUACAAGCUGGUUUGGUUGGUCUCGACCUUCGCAGGCAUAGGGAUCUUUCUUUUGGACCUGGUGAAGUCAGAUUUGUAGAUGCCAAGAGCAUACCUGACUACAAGCAACCUGCCUCAGCUGUAUAUAAGUGCUUAAAACCACCAAGCUGUAACUGAAAUUUUGUCCUCCAUUUUAUACUGUAUAUGCAGAAGGUAGAACUUUAUCUUGGAGCACUUUUUAGAUAUGUUAUCUCAUGACUGUUCUUCUAUUCUGUCUCA